GAAAUAUGCUAAGCCUGAGGACGUGGGGCAUGUCCCGGAAGAAGAGAAAUCAAGUGACGAGGAGAUGAGCGAAGAUGAAUACGAUUCCAGCGACGAAACAGGGGUGGUCGGGGCAGUGGACCCGUAACAUGGUCCAUCCAUCUGCGCAGGAUAAGAGGUUCCGUGCGCACCCACCGCCACCGCCCAUAUAUCAUACAUACAUACAUACAUAGACAGACAUGUGCGUCUGCUUCGCCAAAUCUCCGCUUCAGUUCCGACGCCGUGGCAUGGAAGUCAGUAAUGCCGUCCUCCUCGCCCUACUCCUCCUACUUGCCUCCCGAGCAUCCAUUACUUACAGAUUUGCCUGCGCAUCUCAGAGGAAGAUCCAUAUUCCGGACGAAUUGGACGAUGUCGUUGACGAUGAGGAGGACGAGGACUGGCGGGAAUGGGGAAGGACCAAGACGGAAACCGAUUUCGACCCUCCGCCGGAUUUCACCACAAUGAACCUCCAGGAAAUGCAAGACGAAAUGAUGAAGCGCCAACUCGGACCUGUUUUUGGAUUUGUUAAGCUCCGACCAGGACGCCGCCGCACUCCGGAGAUGGUAUCAGAAACUGCCAUGAAAUGGACUAAAGUUGCAAGAACCGGGGCGAUAGAGGCAAAGUUCUCAGGCGUAGAUGUUAGCACCAUUAUGUUCACAAUGCAGAGAGGUCAAGAUGCAUUGGAGUUAAAAGAGUUCCUAUUAAAUCAGCCUGAGGCUUACGAGGUUAAGAUGGGUGAUCAGUUGUUCAGAAGGCCAGGGGAUCCUUCAUUUGAUGAAGUGUUCCAGAAGCUCCAAUCUGAGAAAACUGCAGGUUCGUCUACCCACCAUGAGCUUUAAUCGUGCAGAAUACUACUCUGUUUCCCCGAUGAUUUCCUGCACAUUCAUUGGAUACACACACAUUCAAUCUUGGCAACUUCCUAUACAUAAUGAAUUAGUACACGGCUCAUGUUGGCAACUUGAUCCAAAUCCAAUGCUCCUGAGCUUUAUCCAGUGUUCUUGUGCUAAUUCCAGCACCAGGAUUCUGUUUAGAACUCACUCUUUGCUGAAUUCAAAAUGAAGGAAUAAAUAUAUCACAUCCACUCGUAUCGUGUAGGGAAGAACAACAGUUGCUACUGUUAUUGUAAUUUAGAGCAAUACUUGAAUCUGAAAUAAUACAUCACUUUAGCUUAUUGCUGAAAUCCAGCAACUGGAUAAUUUGAAUUCGAGGAAUGCUAGC